GAUCUCCCCUUCUGUCUUAUAGGGCCAUUGACUUCGAAGGAGAUACUGUAGGAUAUGCUCCCGUAGGCAGCAUCUGCAUGUCAGAGGACUCUGUAGCAAUUAUUCAGGAUCAUACCGAAGAUACAGGUUUGAUGGCAACUACUAUGGCCCAUGAGUUGGGUCAUAAUCUGGGCAUUAAUCAUGACACAAACGGCUGUAAUUGCCCUGCUGACACAUGCAUUAUGACUCCGCGACUAAC